ACGAGGCCAUUGCAGUGAAGGUUAUYCUGUGRAGUUAAUUAAGCUGUGUUUAUCACGUGAAAAUGUCUUCUAAAACGAAAGUUGUCACUGUCACUAACGGAUCUGCAGAAGGACCUGUUCCCAAACGAACGCGAUUGAACAAAGAUCCAGUKAUUUCWGAGAUCUUCCAAAGUUUGGAGUAUGGWCCAGCUCCAGAAGCUCCAAGUGGUGUGAAUGCUUGGUUAGAUAAACAUGGACGSUCGUUUGGUCAUUUUAUYAACGGCAAAUGGGUAAAACCCAAAGGAAGAAAGACUUAUGAAUCCAAAAAUCCAGCUACAGGUGAAGUUCUUGCAUCAACAACUCAAGGUGAACAAAAAGAYAUUGARCAAGCAGUUGCAGCAGCAAAAGAAGCAUUCCAAUCAUGGAGCAAGACUUCAGGUCAUGUGCGUGCACGUCAUAUCUACAGUAUUGCACGCCAUGUGCAGAAACAUGCAAGGUUGAUUGCCGUCCUAGAGAGUAUGGACAAUGGCAAGCCRAUAAGAGAGACUCGUGAUUGUGAUAUCCCUAAUGUCGCUCGRCACCUGUAYCAUUAUGCAGGAUGGGCUCAGCUUAUGGAGACAGAAAUGAGAGGUUGGAAGCCAAUAGGAGUUGUUGGAGGUAUUGUACCUUGGAACUUCCCCCUAAUGCUUCUCUGCUGGAAGGUCUGCCCAGCCAUUGCCAUGGGUAAUACUGUUGUUCUAAAGCCAGCCACCUACACYCGUCUCUCUGCUCUUCUUUUUGCUGAGAUUUGUGCUGAGGCUGGGCUGCCUCCAGGUGUCUUCAAUGUUGURACUGGUAAUGGUGCCUUUGGUAGCAGUCUYGCCACCCACCCUGAUGUGGACAAAGUUGCAUUUACUGGGUCAACAGAGGUUGGCAAAGUGCUCCGUCAAGUGACAGCAGGAACAGGAAAGAAACUUUCCCUUGAGCUUGGAGGGAAGUCUCCUUUUGUUGUUUUUGACACUGCUGACCUGGACAGUGCAGUUGAGGGUGUGGUGGAUGCAAUAUGGUUUAAUCAGGGACAGGUCUGCAGUGCUGGUUCAAGGUUAAUUGUGCAAGAAACAUGUGCAUCUCAAAUGAUACUCAAACUAAAGGAGCGCAUGUCGCACCUUCGUCUUGGAGAUUCGCUUGACAAGUGUGUUGACAUGGGAACCUUAGUUGACCCACAGCAUCUGAAAUCAGUAGCAAAGUAUGUUGAAGAAGCUCAAGCUGAAGGAGCUGAGGUCUAUCAAAAUUAUGCCUACAAGCCUUCCAGUGGAUGUUUCUAUCCACCAACACUGAUUACCAAUGUUCAACCUGUCUCAAAGAUUGUUAUUGAAGAGGUUUUUGGCCCUGUUCUUGCUGUCCUGACYUUCAGAACWCCCAAAGAAGCCAUCGCAAUWGCAAACAACACUAACUAUGGCCUUGGUGCCAGUGUUUGGAGUGAAAAUCUGUCUUUAUGUCUUGAAGUAGCCAUCAGUCUUAAGGCUGGUGCUGUGUGGGUUAAUGGACACAAUCUCUUUGAUGCUGCAGCUGGAUUUGGUGGAUACAGGGAAAGUGGGUAUGGACGUGAUGGAGGCAAAGAGGGUUUGUAUGAAUAUGUCUCACCUUCUUGGCAAGACAGACCACAUCCUGAUGUAAGUGACUUUGAUGUCAAGACGUUUGGAGCUAUGGUGCCAGCAUCAGUUAAAAAUCCCAAUGAAAAUCCUGUGAAAGUUAGUGAUGUUGGCAAGAAACCAAGUAUUGAUCAUACCUACAAGAUGUACAUUGGAGGAGCCCAGAAAAGACCUGAUGGAAACUACUCUAACCCRAUAGUUAAYACCUCAGGGGAGGUUAUAGCACAGGUUGCUGAUGGGAAUAGAAAGGACAUCAGGGAUGCUGUGGAAGCUGCRCAUAAAGCUGCUCCAGGAUGGGGUAAGAGAGCUGCACAUAAUAGAGCACAGAUAGUAUACUACAUGGCUGAAAACCUGGAGAUGAGACAUAAUGAGAUAGCACAGCGAUUAACAGAUAUGACAGGAUGUUCUCUUGAUGAAUCCAAAGCCGAGGUGGAUGCCACCAUUGAGAGAUUGUUUCAUUAUGGAGCAUAUGCUGAUAAAUAUGGUGGAACAGUACAGGAAACACCAUUCUAUGGAGCCACAGUUAAAAUCCAUGAGCCUGUUGGAGUAAUUGGCAUUGCAUGUCCAGAUGAGUCACCAUUACUGGCAUUUGUAUCACUGCUUGCUCCAGCUGUUAUAAGGGGAAACACUGUCAUUGUGGUACCCAGUGAGAAAUAUCCACUUGUUGCAUUGGAUAUGUACCAGGUAUUUGAUACGUCRGACCUUCCUGCAGGAGUCGUCAAYAUCGUCACUGGUAACCGUGAUCACCUUACCAAAUACCUUACAGAACACCAAGAUGUCCAAUCCAUGUGGUACUUCGGCACUCCAGAGGGCAGCAAAUUUGUUGAACAUGCCUCAGCGGUUAAUGUCAAGCGUACCCUGGURAACUAUGGUUUGGCCAGGAAUUGGCUGGACAAAGAUCAGGGUCAGGGGGAGGAAUUCCURUAUCAUGCMACUGAGUGCAAGAACAUUUGGCUCCCAAUGGGUGACAUAUUUGCCAAUUGAACACUAGRGAAGGGCUGAGUCAUGCRAGUUUGCCUUUGGGGGUAGGGGUGGGUCAUGUGAUGUAUUAUCGAGUUGAACCUCUGGUUUAGGGGCUAUUUUCAAUCACUAAUCACUUUCCAUACUGAGGUAGCACCUCAAUGGGGGUAGGAUCUUAUUGUAAAUCCGCAGGUUGAAUUGUACCUUUCCAUGAAAAAGUUCAUAAUUUGAUACUAACUACUACUCUUACACAGAACGUAGUAUGAAACUAGCCUCCUCCACAGCCGUCACAUGACUGAGAGUCACGGGGUUCCUGUCUAUUUCUUGAAGCCAGAAGAUUCUUCUUUUUCCUUUCUAGUUACUUGWCCUUUGCGGUCAAGAUAACCAUUACAAAGGAAUCCCGAAGAAAGGAAAAAACAGUUGCUUGGGGAGAAGGCUAGUAUAAAGCUACGCAAUGAAGUAGAGAUAUUUUAUAAUAUAUUUUGAAUAACAACUAUUUUUGAGUGUUUUCUUCUGCAUAGUAUGUAUUUAGCAUUUCUUUUGGGGAAAAGAUGAGUCAUAAUAUUGUA